UCGCCGCCUGUGUGGACAUGUCCGCCAUGUUUUCCUCGGUGCAGCCCGGAGACGCGGCCCGUUAAAGCCUCCCGCCCGGUACCGGAGCAGCGCACACCGAUGAGCCGUACCGCGGCGGACCCAGUCUCUUCCGGACCUGAUUGUCCCCGGUACCGGACCCGGUUUGAGGCGGAUCGUCGCUGGUGACGCAAACAAUGAGUAAACUCUCGUUCCGGGCGCGCGCGCUGGACGCCUCCAAAGCGCUCCCGGUUUACCGGAACCGGGACCUGCCGGACCUGACGGACUGCGUGUCCAUCAACCGGGCCGUCCCGCAGAUGCCGACCGGGAUGGAGAAGGAGGAGGAGCUGGAGCACCACCUGCAGAGGGCGAUCUCGGCCCAGCAGGUGUUCAGGGAAAAGAAGGAGACCAUGGUGAUCCCCGUCCCUGAAGCCGAGACUAACACCACCUACUACGACCGUCUGUACAAGGGAGAGGUCCGAGUCCCCAAACAGCUGAUCCACAUACAGCCUAUGGGUCUGGACCUGGAGCAGCCAGACUAUGACAUGGACUCAGAGGACGAGACGCUGCUCAACAGACUGAACAGGAAGAUGGAGAUCAAACCACUGCAGUUUGAGACCAUGGUGGACCGACUGGAGAAGGCCAGCACGAACCAGGUAGACCAGCUGGUGUCCCUGUCGGAGGCGAAGCUGCUGCUGAACGAGGACGACUACCUGCUGAAGGCGGUCUACGAUUACUGGGUGAGGAAGAGGAAGAACUGCGGGGGGCCGUCUCUGAUCCCUCACAUCAAACAGGAGAAGAGAGACGGAUCCACCAACAGCGACGCCUACGUGGCCUUCAGGCGGAGGACGGAGAAGAUGCAGACCAGGAAGAACCGUAAGAACGACGAGGCGUCGUACGAGAAGAUGCUGAGGCUGAGGAGAGAGUUCAGCCGGACCGUCACCAUCCUGGAGAUGAUCAAGAGGAGAGAGAAGUCCAAGAGAGAGCUGCUGCACCUGACGCUGGAGGUGGUGGAGAGGAGGUCCAGAAGAAGCCGACCUCCAUCAGAGACGAGCUUCCCUUCGACCCGAUCAGACCAAAGAAGAACCUGAGACGGGACAGGCCGUGUCCUCCACAGAGACGUCCCGGCCGGCCCCCCGGGCCCUUUACCAUCAACAGGGCCGACAUCAAACAGUACGACUUCCACAGCUCCGGGGACGACGACAGUCCGCCUCCUCCGCCGUCUCCCCCGUCUUCCACCGACGAGGAGUCCAGUCCUGAUGGAGUCUUUGUCUUCAGGAGGAAGGCCGGGUGCCAGUACCUCUCUCCUGGUACGGAGCAGACGGGUGGAGUUGACGGUCCAGAGCUCCUCCCUCAGUGUCUGCGUCACUGUCUGACUGAACUGACUCGGCCUCCUCAUUGGACGGGACUGAGCCGCCGCAGGAUAGGACGGGGGGGCAGGAUCAUCCUGGACCGAGCCUCCUCAGGUCUGGAUCCAGUACUGAGGCAGCUGGACUCUUUUACACAUACAGUCUGCAGGACCAGAACCAGUACCUGUCUCCUCAGCGACCCAGUAAGACUGGAGCUGAACCCCCCCCUGUCCUCGGGAACCACCACCGCCUCCCUGACUGAGAUCCUGAACAACAUCCAGACUCUGAGGAGGUUCUGCUUCAGACCCAGACCGGUUCAGGAGCAGGGGGAGGGGGGCAGAAGGACCACAGGGUCCUCUGUGGAGGACAGGCGACUCCCCUGUCCUCUGUCACCUGAAAGCAGCUGUGGAUCAGCAGGCGGCAUCACGGAGGAGCAGUACCACAGCCAUCAGCAGCAGCUGGUCCAGAUGCAGAAACAGCAGCUGGAGCAGCUGCAGAACCAGAACACGACUUCAUACAGACACACGGCGCUGCACAGAACACAGUCCUCCAGGUCCAGUGAGUCCAGUUCAAAGACCCUGGACUCGGCUAGCGCUCAGUUUGCAGCCUCGGCUGUGAUCAGCGCUCCUCCUCCUCACGGACACACGGGCAGUGAGAACCGACCCUACAAGACCGGCGUCAACGGGGUCCUCCAUCCUCCAGGUCCCUCCAGGCCUCCGUACUCGUCCUCCUCGUCACUCAGCAGGUUGGGGCUCUCAGCUCGGGGGUCGCUCCCCUCCUCAUCCUCCCCUCGGUCCCUCCCCAACCAGAGGAGCCAGGCCGGAGCCGUCUCCCCUGCCCACCCCCACCCUGCUAGACCCUCUGCCCCCCCAACGUCGGCCUUAAAGCUCGCCACCAGCGCCGCCAGCCUCGACAGGGUGCCCAAAGUCUCCACAGCCAGGGAUCCUCACGAGCCGGAGAGAAUCCUGAACGGCCUGUCAGAGACCACGCUGCCCAUGGAGGUCACAUAGCAUUGUCUCCCAUGAUGCACUGCUCCUCUGACCGCUGAAUGUGACACGCUGCGACCUCCAGGAGAAGAAGAGCGCGGCGGCAGCUGUUGUUGUUGUUGUUGUUGUACAGUUUGUAAAUGUCUUUGAUGUAAAAUACUUUUUGUUUGUUUCUGAGUAUCAUCAUGUGACUGCAGAAUCAACUCUGAUUGGUUCAUAAUAAGUCCAGUAUCUGCGCUCUGAUUAGUCCAUGAUGAGUCUGUAUCUGCGCUCUGAUUGGUUAUUUAUUUCUCAUGUUUACAUUUUGUAUUUCUUUGAAUCAGAGCUGGGAAGUGAUUGUGAAUCAGGACUGAGUCAAUCUUUUAAUGUUUAGACACGGGAAAAUAAAAUCUGUAAAGAAAAGUUUUUAUAUUUUUAAACUGGAGGAGGAGAGAAGUCGCUGAUCAGACGAGUGUGAAUCAUGUGUUCCCUCUGUUCACGCUUCGGAUCAAUAAAAUGCAUCGAUACACAGAA